AUUCAUUCAUUUACCUUUUUUUACCUCAAUAACAAUAGAUUUUUUUCUAGUCGUCAUAUAUCUUAAUAUAUUCAAUCAGAAAUGGAUAAUCACGCAAUGAUGGAGAAGAUAGAUGUGAAGCCAUGCUCUUCAUUGUUUAGAUUACAGAAUAAUUUUUCAGUUAAUUCAGCAGUAAAUGAAUUGAGCCUUAUCAGUUUACAUUACAAUUUAUCAACUAAAUGUAAUGAAAAUUUUUUAGUUGGGGAGGAAGACCUUAUUUCUCAAAGGUUGUUAAAAUCAUUUCAGGAACAUCUUUUAGAAGAUUAUUCGCCUAGAAAAGUUAUUGGGGAUGGCAAUUGUUUUUAUCGUUGCUUGUCUCUAGCAAUUUUUGGUCAUGAGGAGGAACAUCUCUACAUGAGACUCUUGACAGCAAUUGAAAUAAUAAUUAAUAGAAAGUAUUAUGAUAUAGAUGAUAAAUUUUACAGUAGUAAUAAAACAAUAAGUGAUGAAAGAAUUUCCACUACUGAUUACAAUCAUAUUUUAAAUGAUGCAUUGAUGGUAUGAGGCUGGGCACAAAUGAUGCAUCUUUAUGCAUCAAGUGCAGCUUUGGGAAAAGCAUUUCAAUCUUAUUGUCCACCUUCUAAUCGUGGGAUGUAUAGCGCAUAUACCACACCAGUAUAUGGGCGGGCCGUAAGAAGAACAAGUUCAAUUAACUUAGUUUUUAUGUGGUCGAGUUUAAAUUACCCAGAUAAAUUGGCAAAUUUUAAACCAAAUCAUUUCUGUUACCUACAAUCAUUACCAUCGAGUCCUCCACCAAUUAUUGGUCAUUUGUCACCUAGAAUUGAUGUAGCACCAUUUAUAUUUCCAUUAAUUGAAAAUAAUUCCCAACAUAUUUUUCCACCUCCAAUCGAAUAUCCGCCUAUUAUUAGCUAUUUACCAACUAUUUUAUCUGAUGAUGGUUUACUAUUCGAUUCUCCAAUUUCUGUUGACAAUGAUUCUCCACCUAUCUCACCUUCAAUCAAAUCCCUGUCUAGUAUGAGUCAUUUAUCACAUAUUUCAUCAUCAGCAAAUAAUCCUCCACAUAUUUUUCAACCUCUAAUCAAUUCCCCAUCUAGUAUCGCUUUUUUAUCACCCGUUUUGAUGCCAGCUAUCCUUAAUGAUUCACUAUUCAUAUUUCCAUCUUCAGUUAACAAUAAUUCUCCAACUAUUACUAAUUUAUCAUCAAUUGUUAGUAGCAGCUUACCUUUUUUAGACACCGAUAUUAUUAUAAAUAUGUUAUUGAAUCCCAUAAAUAUUCUAGAAUCAAUACCAACCGGUAUCAAAAACAAUGUUAUAUUUACAAUAAGUAAUAAAGAGAAUAUGGUUUUGAAAGAAAGGGGUAAAAAAUUAGUGUAUAGCGACGAUUGUGGCGCGUGGACUGGUACAUCCACAGGUACAACAAAAUAUUAUUAUAGUAUAAAUAUCAAUGAUAAUACAAUUAGCAGUGGUCCUAUGGUUAUUAAGGAUGGCUUAUUUGGCAAGUCCACCACAAAACGAUAUAAUCAUAUAUUUAUUGCAGCAAAACCACAACCAAAUCCUCAGGAUUUAGUAAUUUUAAAUCGUUAUUAUACAAAAUUAAAAAAUUGUGAAACGUAUAAAAGAAGAAUAUGCCAUUUAGAUAAACAUUUAAAUAGCUCAGUUCAUCUUAUUCAAUCUAUAUUUAUAGUUGAAUACAUAGGAACAUAUCCAGGGUUGUUUCCACAUGGAAACAACAGAAACUACUCAGGGGUUUAUAGUCGUACCCCAGUUUGUAUAAUGCGACAAAUUAAGGAAAAGGUAGUGCAUCAGCCUCCAAAAGACGUGUACCAAGAUUUAAUAGCUAAUGAAGAAAAUUAUUUUACUCCCAGAGAUAUCAAACAAAUUCGUAAUAUACAAUUUAACGAAUUGCAUAAAAAUGAUUCUUGUUAUUUGAAAAAUUUUUCUGACCAGAUAAAUGAAUUACUAAAAAAUAUUCAUAAAUAUCCAAUAUUAAAAAAAAUAGAUAUAAGCCCAGACAGAGUAUGUUCGCUAAUAUUAUAUACUAGUUUAAUGUUAGAUAAUAUUAAAUAUAUUUGUUCUCAAGAUUUUCCUAGUAUUAUAGGUGUUGAUAAAACUUAUAAUUUAGGUCCCUUGUUUGUGACGACAACAGUUUUCAAGAAUCAAGUGCUCAUGUCUAAAUAUUCACAGGAUCAUCCUAUAUUCUUUGGUCCUAUAUUUUUGCAUGGCAGCUCUGAUUAUGAAACUUUUAACAUUUUCUUUUCGCACUUGGAAGGCGUCUUCAAAAAAAAUAAAAUAAAUGUUGAAAAUCUUAUAUUCGGCAGCGAUGAGGAGCUAGGUUUAAUAACUUCGUUAAGAAAGAAUUUUAGUAAUUCUACUCAUAUAUUAUGCACCUAUCAUAUGAAAAAGAAUCUAAAUUUAUUUUUACAGGAUAAAGAGGGAAUGGAUUCAAGGACAAGGGAAGAUAUUGUAACUAAAAUUUUUGGCAAAGAAGGACUUGUAUUUUCAUUAAGCGAUAAAAUCUUUGGAGAAAAGGUUGAAAAACUGCGAGAUUAUUGUAGAGAUAAACAGUUUAUUAAAUUAUUGAAACAUAUAGAUGCCAGUUUAAAAAAUAAUUUAUUUUUAUAUGUAUAUUUACCUUUAAAAAAUAAGGUGAUAUCCUAUCUUUAUACUAACAAUAACUGCGAAUCUUUAAAUAAUGUGUUAAAAAUAAAGUUUAACCGAGAUUCUACAACACCUGUGCAUAUGAUGGUCAAUAAAAUUUAUGAAUUAAGUUUAGCACAAGAAAAAGAUUUUGAAAGAGCCCUUCUUGGUUUGGGAAAUUAUUAUUUAACAAAAAAGUAUGAUGUGACAAAAAUUCGUCAUGAAUGGGACCAGAUAAGUGACGAUCAACGUAAAAAAAUAAUAUUAAAUGUGCUUAAAUCACAUAGUACAAAUAAACGGAAAAAAAUUACCUCGACAUGUGGUGGAUUGACAUUAAUUCAACCUACAGGAUCUAAAAAACCGUGUCAAUCUAAAAGAUCUAGAUCAGAUAGAACUAGAGGCUAGUUAUUAUAGUUCCUACAUAAAAAUUAACCAGUAGGCACUAAUUUAUUUCAGAAUUAAUUUAUCCAAUGGCCCUUUUUAGGGCCAUAACACCCAAAGGCCCUUUUUAGAGCCAUAAAACCCAAAGGCCCUUUUUAGGGCCAUAAUACCCAAAGGCCCUUUUUAGGGCCACUCAACCAAAAGUUCGCCACAAAAUCCAAAGACCCUUUUCAUGGUCAUUUAAACAAUCAAAUUAUAUUACUUUAACGAUUAACUUAGCAAAACAAAAUGUAGAAAAAGAAAUACAUGGACGCUUAACUCACCAACAAUUCUCAUUAGAUAUUAGCCGACAUUAAAACCCCAAGUUAUUAUAUCUCAGAAUAGCAAAUCAAAGUCUUUCUAAAUCAUCUGAAAAUUCGAACAAAUACACCAAUCCCCCCUCUCCAUUCUUUACUUAAAACCAAUAUAUCAUUUUAUAAAUAAAAUAUAACGACAUUUAUAAAAUUACCGGAAUCCCUUUAUCUAAAUUAUAUAUUUCCCCUAAAAAUGGUAAAUCUUUAUACAUUAUAUACAUUUUUAUGCUAGGUGUAAAAUAAUCUUUUAUAAACAUUAUAUUUUCGAUAAAAUUUU